AGAUAGAGAAACCGUUUUCUUUUUUUUUCUUUACUGAUUUGUGUGAUUUUUAACUUGACUUGUUUCUAAUCUUGGUGAGGCUGACCUGUGUUUAAAGGGAGGGCCUCCUGACUCUCUCUAAUUGGCACUCCAAUCAGCAGUGGGAGGCAGUUUUAAAGGCGUCUCCCUUCUUUGCAGGCGCUUGUAAUACAAUGAGCGUCUUUGAGUGUGGACAGUUUUGAAUGCAGGCAGGCUGACAAGCGGGGAAACUUACAUUACCUUCCCCGGCGAGGACCCCCAGACUGAAUGCGCUCAAGAGCGAAGUCAGGGAACUUUCCAUCUUAUUCUGACAUUUUUUAUAAAUCCAUUUGAACUUGGCGACAACAAGCACAUUUGCAGCUCGUUCAGAUCUGCGUUUCAAAGUCUCGAAAAAACGGGAGCGGUGAGCCAGCGCCACGGAACGGAUUAUCGACGAUCGUUCACGGCAUCACAACAGCUGGUUUACUUUACACGAACCGCCCGGAUCACUUAAACCGCGUUGCCCGCAAGAACAACAGAGAAAGACAAUUUUGCACAUAAUUCGAUUUAACUGCAUUAUUUGAAGAGCUUGUGGAACUGGCCCGCAAGUGUUGAGCAACUCUAAAAGCAAUGGUGGGAAGACUGAACUUGCGGAAUGUGUGUGACGAUGAUCCGCUGGAUAUGAAUCUGAAAGCUGAUCGGCCACUGGACAGUCCUGACUCCGGUCUGCCUCCGAGUCCGAGCCCGAGCGCUUGGUUACUGCAGGGCACUGGGGCUGGAACCCCGAUCACAGAAGACGAGAACAGAGGGACAGCUCUGGUUCCUAAUAAUCGCCAGUUGCUUGCAUUGUCCUAUGGAGAAGGAAUUGAACUUGAUCCUCUGCCACUAAAAGAAAUAAGAUACACGUCGUCAGUGCGUUAUGAUUCAGAUCGGCACUUCAUCCAGGACGUGACCCUGCAGCCCAAGGGUUUGGGUCUGGAGAUGUGCAGCCAGACAGUGUUGGCCCUGCCUCAGAGCACCUGGAGACAUUACAAGACCCAGCUGGAGUUCCAGCCCCGUCAGCGGGUGCAGCGCUACCAGAGCACCACUAUAGUGUACCCCAAACACACCCGAACCUUCUACACCACCCAGCUCAAUUAUGACGGGCACAAGCUGACCAAGCGCUUCUUCUCUGCUGUAGAGCUGCAGGCUUCUGAUUGCCAGGCUGGUCUUUGAAAGACACUCAGGCCAUCUGUGCCUGACAUUACACCCCCAUAUGUACCAAUUAUAAACCACCGCCUGCAUUCAGUGAGUCCCAGGAGGAAAAAAAGGAAACUCGGACUGAAAUUGUUGCAAGUUGGAAAUGGGAUUCCUAGACAGACGUGCAGUUUUAGUUUGUUUUAGGCUGAAGGAGAGUAAACAACUGUGUUGUUCUGUUUGAAGGUUUGGUUAGGAGCUGUUGUAUGUAGGAAUAUGUUGUUGGUUAGGAGCUGUUGUUUUAUAAUUGUAUGUAGGAAUGUGGAUGAUUAUUUAAUAGUGAGAUUCAAGUUUCAGAUAUUCUGUGCUGAUCUUGGACCAUCAUUGGUUUGAAGGUUAAUGUUGACACAUAUAGUUGGCCGAUAUAGAGAUAUGUGAUUUACUAGAGAGCACUUAUUUACCCCAUCAUAAACUGAGUAUUAGAAUAAUACAAUAGUGCAUUUUAGGGCUGGGUUACAAAGGUGGAGUCUUUAGUACAUACCUUUCACAUGUUUCUAUUUAACAGAUUCGGUCUCACUGAGCUGUAGAAGGGUAACGUUCAUAUUUUAGGGCCUAAAAAGGGUUUUCUGAAAAAAAGAAAAACAGGGUAUGUUAGUGUGUAUUUGCACAAAGGUGGUGAAUAUAUCUGGGUUAAAACAUUAACUCCAUCUUAAACUAACCUUAUCUGCAUAUUUUUACUACUGUAAGUCUCCAUUAGGACUCUUAUGCUGUUAUCCAUAUUUUCGUUAUGUAAAGGCUAGCUAACUUCCACAGCUCUGCUUGGUUUUAGUAAGUCGUUCUCUGUGUUGUUACUCGUGAAGCAAAAAUUAGAAGUGGGGUCACAUUAGAACUAAACUCGAUCAUGUCUGAUACUGCAGACAGAGGUAUCUGUAGACCAGUGUUUGAAAUAAAUUAUAAUGUAAAUAACAGCAUUUCAGUUUAAAAUGUUUUUUAUCAGAGGCACAUUUCCCUAUUUAUUUCUUGUUCUUGUUUUAAUUCUCUUUAAUUCUGUGCACAGUCAUUGAUUAAGUGCUGGUUUUAAAUUCUGUAGCUGUGCUGUGUGAAAUCGUUAUUCUUUUAACUCAAAUUCCUUUAAGAUGGUUAUUAACUAUUAAAAUGAAAUAAAUACAUUUUUAAAGUGA